AAGGAGAAAAACAGGGGCAUCUUCCGCCCUUCCUCGUCUUCUUCCCCUGCAUCCUUUCAUCAGUCUCUGUAAUCAUGAGUCUCCCUCUGUCAUCAUUGCGACGAAAAUACGACCCUCCCCCCCUCUCUCUCUCUCUCUCUCUCUCUCUAGGACCAUGACGGUGAAUAACACCAGCGAACACGUCUCUUGCUCCAGCUUAUAUAAUCCGACGCUUCCUUCCUCCUUUCCUCAUCGAACAGUGAGUCGCGGACGAUCCGGUUCGUCUGUAACCGAACGACCCCUCCAUCUCCAUCAGUUCAUUACUCUUCUUGCCCCCACCCUCUCUCUCUCUCUCUCUCUCUCUCUCUAGGACGCGGGUGAACAUGGGUGUGAGUUCCUCGAGGUGGAGUCUCCGUCGGCGGCCACUGAAGCAACGUCACCUUCGCGUCCUCUCGCUGAGCAGGAAGAGGAGGACGAGGAGAUCGUCGAAGGAAGAGAAGGAGGCGAAGAGGCGGCUGGUGGGUGCGAAGGAGGAGAUGGAGAUGAAGAACCUGAGGCUGUACGUGGAGAACCGGAGCAUCAUGGAGGCGAACGAGCGGCUGAGGCAGAGAGCUCUGUUUCUCCAUCGAGAGAACAGGGCUCUGCUCGUUCAGCUCCAGAGCAAGUUCACUCGCCCAACCAGCUGAAACCCGAGUCUCCGAACCUGCACACAACACAAAAAAAUCGAAUGAACCGACGACGACGACAAUCAACGAUCGACCUUUAUGAAUUCUAAGCUAGAGUAAACGUUAGGGGUGUGGGGAUGGAAUAAUGGAAAAUCCACGGCUCUGCUUUUUCUAAGUGAGCGUAUUCAUAUUGAUUUUUUUGCACUUAGUACGUUUGAUCAUCUGUAGUCCUCUAGUGUAGCAAGCAAUCGAACUAGCAAGCACUAAGUUGUAUUGAUCCAGACGAAGGUUUAUAUCCGAUUUUAUAUUUCAAAUAUGCA